CGUCGUGACGCUACAGCGGGCAGAGAGCGCGCAGACAGACGAGGGUGAGCAAAGAUCUUAGAGCUUUGAGGGUGAGCGUCGCAAAAUGGUCCCAAGAAGAUGGAAGGUGCUGCUCGGGAGCGAGGCCCAACCUGAGGAGGGCCUGGAGAUUAAGGUGAAGGAGGAGGCCCAGGUGUUUGAGAUCAAGGUGGAGGAGGAGGUCCAGGCCCAGGCCCAGGAGGUUGUAGUCAAGGAGGAGGAGGAGGAGGAGGAGGAGGAGGAGGAGGAGGAGGCCCAGGAGUUUGAGAUCAAGGAGUUUGAGAUCAAGGUGGUGGAGGCCCAGGAGAUUGUAGUCAAGGUGGAGGUGGAGGAGGCCCAGGCCCAGGCCGCGGAGAUUGAGGUCCAGAUGGAGGACGAGGAGGGGCAGGAGAUUGAGAAUCUUCGCAAAAAUGACAAGAGGGGUGAGAGAGGACAGGCAUCAACACAUCAAGACAGCCUCCCAAAACACCCAUAUUCAACAAGACAUUACAAUAACAGAAGACCCGUCAGAGUACGUAUGAUCUGAGAUUAAGCGCCGUGUUUAGUUCAAGGAUUGACUGGUGCAUAAAAGAGCCCCUCAUUCCAACUUUAUUACAUUUUGGAACCCUAUAUCUCCGGUUUGAUGGUAACAAAUUGUACUCACUAUUCAGAACGUGGUUGGUGUCAGAGCAAAUGUUAUUGGCAAACCUUAGUAUGCUUUUAAGGUAGGAUGAUAGAUACAAUUGUUGUAGUGGGUGACCUACAAUCUUUGAGCAAAUUUAUAUUUGUUGGAGCAGUUUUGAUUGAGAAGUAGCAGACAGACUCUUGUACCAUGUAGUGUUACAAUACUGCAAAACACUCAUUAUCACGACAGUAAAAAAACUAAUAAAAGGAUUU